AUGAGGAUAAAAACACUUCCUUAAUUGAAACUAGGGAAAUCAUCUCAGUUGAGGCUAGGUGAAUGGGUGGUUGCUAUGGGAAGUCCUUUGUCACUAAGCAACACAAUAACAGUUGGGAUUGUGAGCGCUGUUAGCCGUACAAACAAGGAACUUGGAUUAAACAAAUACAUAGAUUAUGUUCAAACUGAUGCGGCAAUCACGCUUGGUAACUAAGGAGGUCCACUGGUAAAUCUGGAUGGUGAAACUAUCGGUAUCAACACCAUGAAAGUUAAAGCUGGAAUUUCUUUUGCCAUACCUAUCGAUUAUGCUUUAGAUUUUAUUGAAGAAAGCAAAAAAUUAAGUAAAAGAAAUGCAUUCAAAAGGUCCCAGAAGUAUUACUUGACCAUCACUAUGAUGUCAUUAACACAGCAGAUUAUAAUUGAACUAAAGCAACGAUCACCAGAUUUUCCAGAUAUUCAGUAUGGAGUUCUUGUUUAUGACGUCACCCAAGGAUCAUCUGCCCACAGAAGUGGCUUAAAACCUGGUGAUAUUAUUACACACAUUGAUAAGCAAGAGAAAUCGUUCGAGGUCAAAAGGUCAUGCAAUUAACAGUUACGCCUGAAAUUGUUUAAAUGAGAAAGUGCAGCAAUGCCCAUAAAUAUAAGGUGAAGCAAAUGGCGCAUUAUAUUGUUAAACUUCUUGUUUUAAUAUUCUAAAUAUAUUAGUAAAAUGUCAAUCAACAUUGAAGCGAUGUUUGAAAAAACUUGUUUUGAAAUUCUGUAAUUCUGGUUUUUUUUUCAAUUCAUGAAUAAUAGAUUAAAAACUUUGGAUGAAAUCUAGAAAAAGCUGCAGUACAUAUUAAGUGCAAGAAGUAAACACAAAUAUUGUAUGAAGAAAAUACAAAAGAAUGGCUGAAUUCAAAAGAAGGAGCGUGUGGUGCAGUGUAUACUAAAGACUAAUGAUUGGGAGUUCCAGACCGACGCUUGUUGCAUUGCAUUGUGUCCUUGGACAUGGCACUUUAUUUAUGUUUGCCUCUCUCCACUUUUGAGUUUAAUGGGUACCUAGUAGGAUAGUAUGGCAUUGAACUUAUGUGCUGGUUUGUCAAGGUCUCCAGUGACAAAUACUGAUGCCAGCACCCUUGUAUUAUCUCUGGAAUAUGAAAGGGACCAUAUAAAUUCGGAUUCUAAAAAAAAACGUCAGCUGGCACACUCAGCAAGUCAAUCUCCACAUUCCGUGAGGUCUUGACGUUGCAAUGGUGUUCUAGCCCUGCUACUGGGUGUAUCGAUUUUACAAUCUCUGCUCAAAUUCACUUUUUCUGCUGGUACAACCAAUCGUACACAACUUGCAACUUCCUUCACUUCCUGGGGAGUACUAUAUUCAUAGUUAUGUUUGGUUCAGUACCAUCAAUUUCAUUCCAAAUCAUCCACCUCCUCCUAGCUACCCAUUAUACCCCUGUGUGAAGAGAGGCAAAUGUAGAUACCUGAAAAUUGUCCUGCCCAAGACACAGGCAGUGUGAUAGUGAUGGCUGUCGAACUCAUUGGAUUGAAAGCUCAAGCCUUACACGCUGUGACAAAGCCAAAGUGUAAUACAGUGACACUAAAAAUCUUGAAAUGGGGUGGGGAGUGAUGGGACGUACUAAUAAUGAAGUGGGGAGCGAUGAUUAAAUGGGGGGGGGGCGCUACCUUGCAAAAUAUGGGUGAUAUGAGGUGAUAUUUAAUGAAUGCUAUCUGUUUAGACUGCGGACCAGUUUGGUUGCAAUGUACAGUAUUUAAUAUCUAUAAAAAUUGAAAUUGAGUCUUUGUUCACACACGGCAGCUACGGUUAGCAGGAUGCGGAUUACAAACAUGAUGCGCUCACCCGUUUGUUCAUACAAGAAAUCUCCGAUCUAGAUGACAAGAAGAUGAUGAUCGGAUCAGUGAUCAAUAGGGAAUGGGAAAUUGCAAAUGAUUGGUUAGUGAUAGAAACUUGCAACCGAAAGCACUCGCUGACCGUUAGCGUAUACGGAUCCUAGCAACGGUUGACACUAACUGAUUGGGCUUCUCACACAUUUGCUAAGGGUCAGCGCUAAUGGUUAGCUCCCGAUCCGGAGCUCUUGUGUGAACCUGACCUUAGUGUUAUGUUUUUAUUAAUUACUAUUAAAAUAUUUACUAUUCUUACUCUUUACAAUAAAUAGGCUUAUAAUAUCAGUUACCAGUGAGAAUUUUAAGUUUGUUAAACUUUGAAUUUAAGCUCGUUUCUUGUAUGUUAUGUCUGCCUAGGCUUCCCUUGUCAGAUUGACAUAAAUAAAAGCAUGGUUUUGCUUUCUCAACAUUCUCUUUAUUACAGGACACAUUUAUCAGUAUUAGGUUAUACUCAGUAAUUCACAUAAACUGACUGAAAACCUACGAAAUGUGUUCCAUACAUCGCGGCCGAACUUGUUCACUGCCGAAACGGUGCUACACUUGUUUUUUUUUUUUCUUUGAACAUUUGCAAUGGGGUUGAUUAGGGGCUGGGUGUUUUGUGCGCCGGGUGUUUUGUGCGCCGGGUGUUUUGUGCGCCGGGUGUUUUGUGCGCCAAUUCAGUAAUAUGCCUGUACUCUUUCACAGUGUGGUUUGGUUUUCUGGCUAAAGGGCAAUCUGAAUAAAGCGUUCUUGUAAAGCGUU